ACAUUGACGGGCCGAUGAAUCAACUUACCUACUCGUCUGAACUGUUUUGCAAUACAAACUAUCACUGAAUAACUUAAUUAGUAAUUACCAUAACUGGCUUAAUAAAACAAAACAGAUGCGUUAGUGUUACAAUUAUAUUCAGUAGUCAUAACAAAAUGUGUUACGUUAUUAUAACCGGGCGGAGUUUGGCCUGGCUAUUAUUGAGCUUGGUUGCUUUUAUGCUAAUUUUAACCGGUAUUAUGACGCCCAAAUGGCUUUUGGGUCAGCCAGUUAUAACCAACGAGAAUAACAUGACCAAAUUUUAUGUUCCUAGUGUCGGAAUAUAUAACAGAUGUAUCCGAAUGCGUCACGAUCAUUACAACUGUGCCCCAUUCUCGUUGUAUGGCUUAGCGACGGACUCCGCAGUUUACCCUGGCCCGUGGAAAGCAGCACUAUUCUUUUUGUCGUUGUGUGCCACAGUACAAUUCUCAACUGUAUUAGCCGGGGUUAUGUCAUGCUGUGUCCAAUCAGUUUUUAAGAAGAGUGUCAUAUCACUGGCCGGAGCCGCACAAUCUUUGGGAGGUCUUUUUGGAGUUUUGGGUCUACUUCUGUACCCUUGGGGCUGGGGUGCACCAAGAGUUAAAAGACUUUGCGGAGAAUAUUCAGAACCUUACAUCCCCGGCGACUGUUCCAUCGGUUGGGCGCUGUGUGUGACAGCGACUGGUGUUGCACAGAUAUUCCUUGCAAGUGCACUGUCGAAGACGGCUGAUAAAGCGGCCAACUCGGAUAAGGUGCAGUUCCAAAUGGAUGAAGGUAAACAGCUGAUAUGUUUAGUCUGAUAUAUAUAUAUAUAUAUAUUGUGCAAUUAACAUUAAUCUUGUAUUUGUACUUUGACUAUAUAUACUGAAUUUAGCAUUUAAAUUUUUUUUUUUUCAAAUUAUGUGAAAAUUACAUUUGUCUGUCCCAAUACAAUAUUUGUUAUAGGAAUGUAUAGAGAUCUAUUUGAAUCUCAUAAAAUAUUAAGGAUAUUUAAGUAAAAAAAAUAACAAUACAUAUGUAAGUUUAAUUGUAGAGCAAGGCUGACAAAUAUGUACAAAGUAAAUAGUUUUAUUUAUAUUACAUACUUUGAUAGCAUUGCUUACAAAAUUUAUCUUGUUACGUUGGCCUUAAUUAAGAAGAUGAACAUUCUAAGACUGAUGUGCCUUCCAUUUUUAAAACUAAAUAUAGUCAGGUAAAGAUAAUUCUCAUAUAAAUGAAGUUAAUACUCAUGUUAUAUUAUGACCAAAUAAAAUAACUGCCAUUUUUUUUAGUCAAAAACAAAAUCAGUAUUGUGACUAUAAAUGAUUUUAUUAUUGGAAUUGAUUAAACCUUUAGAAUAUAUUAAAAGACGUGUCUUAUAAAAAAAUGUUCCUUAACUUUGAUGAUU